UCGGCUGUCUCUGUCCGGGGUGCUGAACAGCUCUGGGCUGCUGGGCUCAGCGUGAGGUUGCUGUCACACUCAGUCCGUCCCUCCGGCUCAGUUCUGCUGCUGUCCUGAGCGUCCAGUCACUGUGGAGCAGUACACUGAACGUCUGUCUAUCGGUCCGGAGAUGUCGACGCGGAGGGGGAGGGGAGGGCAGUAGUCUGAGCGGAAGAAAAUGAGUUCAAAGGUCAAACAUUGAGCCUGCAGUGGACCAGGGAGAUCCAGUCAUUCAGAGAGGACAAGCCUCAGCAUCAAAAUGAGCCAAGACACGACAGAGACACGAACACGUACCCGCUCCAAAGGCACCCGGGUGUCGUCAGAACUCGUGGGGCAAGAAAUGAAGCAGGAGUUAAGCAGCUGCCCCACACCUGGAUGUGAUGGCAAGGGCCACGUCAGUGGAAGAUACUCACGACAUAGAAGCAUCCUGGGCUGCCCCAUAGUGAAGAAAAGGAAGCUGGAGGAGGCUGAGGCUGAGGAAAACCAGUCUGCUCCCAAGAGGAGGAACCAACCUGCCAAACACGCAGCAGAUGAAGGCUUCACUGCAGACAGUGAUGCAGCAGAAGAGGAGGAAGCACAGAAAGAGGAGGAAGAGGAGGAAGAAGAUGACCUCAAAGAGAAGAAGAAAAACAAAACAAAAAACAGGCCAGAGUCAACAAAAACAGACUGUUCCCUGGUGACAUCAGAGGACAAAGAACCAGCAGAAACAGUCGUUUGUCCUCUGGCUGAAGCUGCCAACAACGAAAGCUUUACCUCAGAGACUGAGAACGAGAGUGAGAAAACCUGCGAGGGACUGAAGCCAGUAACAGUCACUGAUGAUCAUCAGCAGGAGGAAACAGAGACAAAGGAGGAGGAAGGUCAGCUGAUGACAAAAGAGCAGUCAUCAGAGCAGCCUGAAGAAGAACUUACUGAGCUUAAAGAGACUAAAGAAGAGGAGGAAGAAGGGGAAGAGGGAGAAGAAGGAGGAAAGGAAGAGGAAGAGCAGCAAGAGAAAGAACAUAUUGUAGAGGAGAAGGUAGUAGAGAGACAUAUGAUCUGCCAGGAAAAUUCUGAUCACCAGUACUCCAGUGGAGAUUACAACCAUCAGGCCAAAGAAGGAACAGAGAGAAAGAGUGAGAGGGAGGAACGGGAGGAGGAGGAGGAAGAUGAAGAAGAAGAGGAGGAGGAAGAGGAAGAAGAGGAAGAGGAGAGAGAGGUCCACCAAGAGGGUGACACUCCUUGCACUUUGAGUCCACGCACUCAGGGAUCUGAGGCUGAGAUGUCACUCAGGGAAGAAAAGAUCAGCACCCCUAUGACUGAGGAGGAGGAGGAUGAUGAAGAUGAGAUAGAAGAAGAGGACGACGAGAGGCAUGGGAAGGCCAUAUGCGAGGUGGUGGAGGAGGAAGAGGAGGACCCAGACUCCAGCAAAGCCUCUCCAACUACAGUGGUUAUAGAAGUUCGCUCUGAGGAGGAGGAGGAGGAUGAAGAUGAUGAGGAAGAGGAGGAGGAAGAGGAGGAAGAGGAGGAAGAGGAGGAAGGAGAGGAGCAGGAUCGUGUCUCAGAGGGCUCAGGAAUCACAGAUGACUCAGAGAACUGGGAUAUGACUCGGGGGAACCUGGGGCUGCUGGAGCAGGCCAUCGCCCUGAAGGCGGAGGAGGUGAAGGGAGGACAGGAGGCGCGCAGCUCCCCAGACUACCAGCCAUAUAGCACGUCCAGCAGGAGCUCCGAGCCUGCGGCUGUGGCUCGCCGCACUUGUCACUACAGCAAAGACAAGAAGGAGGUGAAGUGUCCAACCCCAGGGUGUGAUGGGACAGGCCAUGUAACGGGACUGUACCCUCACCAUCGCAGUCUGUCUGGAUGUCCUCACAAAGACCGAAUCCCUCCAGAGAUCCUGGCCAUGCAUGAGAAUGUCUUGAAGUGUCCGACUCCUGGCUGCACAGGCCAAGGCCAUGUCAACAGUAACCGCAACACACACCGCAGUCUGUCCGGCUGCCCCAUCGCAGCAGCAACCAAGAUGAAUAAGAGCCAGGACAAGCAGGUCCAUUUACAGGCUUCAGCCAGCGAACCCUCCUCCAACUCUGACCGAGUGCUCAGGCCCAUGUGCUUUGUGAAGCAGCUGGAGAUCCCUCAGUAUGGCAGCUACCGGCCCAACACAGUGACCACCACGCCUCGAGCCAACCUGGCCAAGGAGCUGGAGAAAUACUCCAAGGUGUCCUUUGACUAUGCAAGCUUUGAUGUCCAGGUGUUUGGAAAGCGGAUGCUCAUUCCAAAGACGCCGAGCAGCACUGAAACAUCACCCAAAGCCUUCAAAUCAAAAUCAUUCCCUAAGGCCUCCUCCCCCAGUCACAGUGUGUCAGGAGGCUUUUCUAAGAGCGCCUCAUCCUCCAGUAGUUAUGACUACAGCCAAGAUGCUGAGGCAGCCCACAUGGCAGCAACAGCCAUCCUUAACCUGUCCACCCGCUGCUGGGAGAGACCAGAGACCAUCAGCACCAAGCCCAGGGAGUCCUGCACCAAGGAGUCGGACAUUGAAGUGGAUGAGAAUGGUACUUUGGACCUCAGCAUGAAGAAGACCAAGAGGGAGGGCGUGCAGCCUCCAGAGCCUUCAUCCUCCUCUUCUUCAUCCUCUCAACACAUCGGAGCCACCUUGUCUCAAGGCCACGCUCAGCCAGAGUGGGAGGAGCCACUGGACUUCACCAAACCAAGCGGAGUCAAAGAGGAGGACCAUGAAGAGGUGGAAUACGCUGCUCCCUCAUACACUUCCUCUGAUGGGGAGGAGGAGAACCAGGAGAACCUGGAGGACAGGAAGUACCCCGGUGAGGUCACCACCAGCAGCUUCAAGGUCAAGUUUCAGCCCAAAGACAGCAAAAAAGAGGUUCUGGUAUGUCCCACACCAGGCUGUGAUGGCAGCGGACACAUCACUGGCAACUACGCCUCACAUCGAAGUCUGUCAGGCUGUCCUCUUGCUGAUAAAUCACUUCGGACCCUCAUGGCUGCCCACACAGCUGAACUAAAGUGUCCCACUCCAGGAUGUGAUGGAUCAGGCCACAUCACAGGAAACUACGCUUCACACAGAAGUCUGUCCGGAUGCCCCCGAGCCAAGAAAGGUGGGAUCAAAUCAACCCCCACCAAGGAUGACAAAGAAGACUCGGAGCUGUUGAGGUGUCCAGUUCCUGGCUGUGACAGUCUGGGCCAUAUCAGUGGGAAGUACGCCACCCACCGCAGUGCCUAUGGCUGUCCACUGGCGGCACGCCGGCAGAAGGAAGGUCUUCUUAAUGGCACUCCCUUCUCCUGGAAAGCCUUCAAGACAGAGGGUCCAACCUGUCCAACGCCAGGCUGUGAUGGCUCCGGCCACGCUAACGGCAGCUUCCUGACACAUCGCAGUCUGUCAGGGUGUCCCAGAGCACUGGCCAACAAGAAGAGAGCCAAGUUCCCUGGAGAUGAGUAUAUCACCGCAAAGUUCAGAGCCAGUGAUGUUCUGGACAAUGAUGAGGACAUCAAGCAGCUCAACAAGGAGAUCAACGAGCUGAGCGAGUCCAAUUCAGAGAUGGAGGCUGACAUGAUGAACUUGCAUACUCAGAUCUCCUCCAUGGAGAAGAAUCUGAAGAGCAUGGAGGAGGAGAAUCAACAUAUCGAGGAGAGGAACGAGGCCUUGUUCCUGGAGCUAUCAGGCCUGAGUCAGGCCCUGAUCCGCAGCCUGGCCAACAUCCGCCUGCCCGCUAUGCAGGAGCCGCUGUCAGAGCAUAACUUUGACAGCUAUGUGGAGACCCUGACCCACAUGUUUACCAAUAAAGACUGCUACCAGAACCCUGAGAACCGGGCUCUGCUCGAGUCCAUCAACCAGGCGGUGAAGGGCAUUGAGGUGUGAUGGGCAGGAGGAGGACAGGGGGCGGGGCAUCACACUGACUACACCACUCUUUCUUUUCAGACCCUUUAGAUACUGUAUGUAAUUCUUCUUCUCAUUUGGAGCUGACAUCUGUUCUCUGCAUUAGUUUGCUGUUUGCAUGUUGCUUUCUGAUGGUAUGAGCGUGAACAGAUUAGGGUGUGGACAUCAAGUGUGUUAGCACACUGGAAUUUAACUGUUACUGUAAGCAAGGACCCCUGCAGGUCUACACAGUGCCCGGCCCAGAGUGCAGUCUACAGCCUGAGCUGAGCAGAUCCUUUUAGUUAGUGAACAUAUCCAUCUCCACACUAUGAUGUUGAUAGUAUUCUAUAUAAGCAUAGUGAUGUUGCACCUCCAGGACUAGUUUGUAGAUUCAUUCUUACUAUUGCUGUGUAACUAUUUAAGUCCUUUGCAAAUGUUGGUUUGAUAACUUAUUCAUUCAUGUCUUCUGUAUUAUUUUUUAUGU